CAGCCACCCCGUCGCCGCAAUCGACGACCCGCCCUCCUCCAUCCGUCUCUUUCCCCACGCGCCGCAGCGAGAGGGCUAGGGUUUCGUCCACCCCCUCCCCCCUCCCAAUCCGAUCCGAUCCGAGCCGAUCGAGGAAGCGAGACCGGCUGAUCCCAUCCGAUGGCGGCGGAGGGUGAGAAGAAGAUGAUCACGCUCAAGUCCUCCGACGGCGAGGAGUUUGAGGUGGAGGAGGCGGUGGCGAUGGAGUCGCAGACCAUCCGCCACAUGAUCGAGGACGACUGCGCCGACAACGGCAUCCCGCUCCCCAACGUCAACUCCAAGAUCCUCUCCAAGGUCAUCGAGUAUUGCAACAAGCACGUCCACGCCGCCGCCGCCGCCUCCAAGGCCGGCUCCGACGACGCGGGCGCAGCCGCCGCCCCGGCCACCAACAGCACCUCCGCCUCCGGUGAGGAUCUCAAGAACUGGGACGCCGACUUUGUCAAGGUUGACCAGGCCACCCUCUUCGACCUCAUCCUGGCUGCAAACUAUCUCAAUAUCAAGGGGCUGCUGGAUCUGACUUGCCAGACUGUUGCUGACAUGAUCAAGGGCAAGACUCCUGAGGAGAUCCGCAAGACCUUCAACAUCAAGAACGACUUCACCCCUGAGGAGGAAGAGGAGAUCCGCAGGGAGAACCAGUGGGCCUUUGAGUAGGGAAGCAUCCAGGCUCUGAUCUCUUGCCUAGAUUUCGUCAUAUCUACUACCUUGCUUUCAUGUGUCUGUAAUUGUUGUAAGUAUUUUGGGCAUGACUAUGGGGUUGAUCAUGGGUAAAACUGAUGAUGUGAUCUCUUGCCGGUACUUCUGAACCAAUUAUCUCUAGCUAAAUAUCGUGACUCUCAAGUGGCUGCUUCCUCCUAAGGGGCUUUAGUUUAA